GCGAUGGGCUCCGGGGCCGUGGAUUCGUCCCAGUGGCUCUCAGUGAAGGAGGAGACGAUUUUCCUCCACGAUGGACUUAUUCGGGUCACGGAUCUGGCUGAAUUACCCAGCGAAAUUGGAGUGUCCGAGCAGGGAGACACGGAACAAGAGAUCCUAACAUUUGAGACGAAGAACCCUGUAGAGUUGGCUGAGCGUCUUCGUGCUGUCUGUGGGAACCAGAGCAAUGCGUAUGCACGUCUGCUGGAAUACCGCCUCAACGCUCUCCGUGGCUUGUGGGGGGCACAGCGGCAGCUCGCCCUAGAGGAGCAACAAGAGCGUGAGGGGGCCGGAGGAGCCGAUGAAGAGGCCUUGGCUCUGCUCAAACGACAAGGCCUGCUGCAACAACCUGAGCAGGCGCCCUUCACCUCCCGUGUGGGCCUGCUGCUUGUUUUCCCCCUUUUGCAGUCUCAGACCCGCAGUGACCCAGCGCUCUGUGGGAUCACAGCUGAGGUACUGCUAGCCUGCUUGCGGGACUGUCAGCCGCUCAGCCUCAGCAAAGAGCCUGCCGACUGCCUCAAUGGCCUGGAGGGACUGCUGUGCUCUUGGCUUGAGGAUGGCGCCCAGCAAGGAGGCCAAAUUGAGGGACAGGCCCAGACACAGAUACUUCACACUCACAGGCAGAGGGAGAACGCUGCAGCUGCCCUAGUAGCACUUGCCUGUGCCAGGGGCUCACUUAAGACCUUCAUCCACACUGUUCACCUGCUGCAGAAACAGACAGACCUGGGACAACUCCCUGUGGCAGACGUACUGUAUCGGCUCUUGGUCCUGGAAGGAGGACCAGGCUCUCCAUCCUGCCUCUUGGGGGGCAAGCAUAGUGUGUCGUGGGGUUUUGAGGACAUGCUGCCCACACCCGAUAGUACUGCUGGAGGGGCAGAGAAUAAAGAUACAGACCUGGGCAGAUGCCUUGCCACAGAUGGGCUCUAUCUGUAUACCACUAAUUCCUUUGGGAGGGGUCUCAGCAAGCUGGGCUCUGGUUUACAUGGGACACUGAGGGGUUUUGUGUAUUGUCGAAAUGAGGAGUUGGAGCCUGGCUGGGUGGUGUUCUGCAGUGGUCGUCUCCUCCACCGUCCCGCCUCCUUUGAUGCCAAGCCUCAUCACCUGUGCCAGGUCAUUGACCCCUUCACCCUCCAGGUGUGCCAGAUAGUGCCCAUGCCAACCCACCACUUCCCAGUGGGCAGCAACAUGACCACGCUGCACCUCUGCUCAGAUGGAACCUACCUUUAUUGGGUCUGGUCCCCUGCCAGUCUCAACGAGAAAACUCAGAAAGGCCACUCAGUCUUCAUGGAUGUCUUUCACCUGUCGACUCAAACAGGGCUAUGCGUGGCAGACAUCUUGCAGGAGAGGGUGAUCCUGACACGGAAGGAGGGAGAGUCUUCCAAGUGUUUGAAUGAGCUUCUAUUGAGUCGCAUGUCCCGCUUCAGAGCCUCCCACUCUGCCACAUUGGCUGCUCUCACAGGUUCUGCCAUUACCAACACUGUAAAGGAGGAGCAGUCUGCUGUCAACACUAGCUGUGGACUACCUCUAAAGACCUUGAGGAGGACCCCCAUGUAUGUGUGUGGCACUUAUCUGGUAAUGCUGGCUUCACCUCCUGGUGUGUCAGGGAGCUCCGCCACACGCUCCCUGUUUGGAGGUACCAGCGGCCUGUCCUCCCUGAAAAUCUUAGCCUCGAGCCUUGUCUUCAACCUUGCUGACGGUCAGUUCAGCAGUCGCGCAGAUCUCAUUGAUGCCCCUGGAAGUUCUCUUGGCAGGGGGGCCCAGGUGGCAGGGCUGGGAGCCUGCUAUGAUGCCCUGAACAACUUGAUCUGGACCUGUUCCAGCGACUACAUGGACCAGUGGUGCAACCCUGGGAACCAGGCCUUCCAUCAUGUCUGCCAUAGGCUAGGCGUAAGCCAUGUCAUCAAAGAACCCAAAGAUGAGACAGUGGCCACCGGAGAGGUGAUCAACCAGCUGCUUCAUCAUGUAGGUGCCAUGUGUAUUCAUCAGCUUAACCUGCUGGCAGCCAGCAGCAGCAGCAGCCUUCCCCUGGGUGCCCUACUGGGGAAGCAGCAUCCCAUCGAAGCACGCCACUUUAGCAGCAUCUGUGACAUCAUGGAGAAAGCCAUGGUCAAUGGAGAUACUUGCAUCAUCCGCUGCAUCUUGGUAGUGUUUCAGGUGGUGUUCAGGUUUUUCAAUCCCCAGUCAGAGCAGAACAGGGAGAGCGUGCGUCGGUCAGGCCUGCUCCUUUGGCAGCUGCUCAUGGCUCCAGUGGAUCAUAUUGGAGAAGAGAUCCAGAAAGAAGUGUGCUUGGCCAUCAGCUCGGGCCUGAAUACAUUAUAUCAGGGAGAGGCUGAACUUAACAAACUGCUGAAGCUAGUCUUGACAGAAGGUGAAAGGAACAGUGGUCUAUCCCAACUUCGGGAUGUCAUCCUUACCAACUUAGCUGACCAGCUGCAAAAGAAUCGAUUUGGGAGUGAAGAUGAGGACCACUACAGACUCAGUGAUGAACUCCUGCAUUGUAUCCUGAAGACUGUUGUGCGGGAAUCCUGUCUCCUUAUCACGAAAUGUCAAACUGUCGCCAGGGACGAUUUCCAGAAGCUGCUCUCCACCGUGCCAGUGGUCUCACCAAGUCUGCGCUACCUCAUGGCUGUUCAGAACCACCUCCUCAGUAACACUGUUCUAAUCCGCCCAGACGACAAUGAUGACAGUGACAACUCCCUACAAGGGGAAACAAUGAAGGUACAGGAGCUGCAGAGCAGUAUCCUGUCCCUGGCCACCAAGAUUCUGGUGGGGUGUGAUGAGGUGUUGGAGACGUUGCAGCAGGUAACCACAGCUCUCAUCAACAGUGACAUCACUGACAGAGAAACCAGGUUGAAAGGCCUGGAGCAAAUAACCAAGGCCACCAUGCUGGGACACCUCCUUCCAGUGUUACUCACCUCCCUGAUGCACCCUAAUCUGCAGACCCUCACCCUCGCUGACGCCCUCAUGCCUCAGCUGGUCCAGCUAGUGCUCUACACAAGUCAGACUGCCCUCUUACUGAAGACCCAGUCUCCACUUUUUUCUGAGGGGUCUUCACCUGCAUCUAGUUCUCAAGGGCAGGGGGCAAAGACAUCUGCUGCUGAAGACAAUUUCAGAAUCCUUGAUGAACGGGAAGAGCCGGGAUUCUUGACUGGACUGAAAAUCCCUGCCCCAUGGGCUGCUGGGAAGACCGUGGAGACGGUGCAUCCGGUGCGAGACAACUAUAAGUUCAAAGAGACUGUACACAUCCCAGGGGCUCGCUGCUUGUACCUCCGCUUUGACUCCCGCUGCUCCUCACAGUAUGACUACGACAAGUUGGUUAUCUAUGCUGGCCCAAACACCAACAGCCGCAAGGUAACAGAGUAUGGAGGAAACACAUUGGGCUACGGAAGUCGCAGCGUCCUUGGCACAGGUUGGCCUAAAGACCUUGUCAAGGUUGAGGGGGAUACUGUGACCUUCUCAUUUGAGAUGAGGAGCGGACGUGAACACAACACCCCUGACAAAGCCAUGUGGGGAUUCUCAUGCACUGUCAGAGCCCAGGAAUCCUCUGAGGAUGUCUCUGGAGGCCUUCCAUUUCUGGCAGACCUGGCAUUGGGUCUGUCAGUGCUAGCUUGUUCCAUGCUUCGCAUCCUGUAUAAUGGACCCGAGGUGACGAGAGAGGAGGAAGCCUGCCAUGAUUUGCUCUGCUCCAAGCUCCUCCAAAGAUGUCAGUGGCAGGUCGAGGCCAAUGGUGCCAUUUCCCCUGCUCUCACGCCCAGCCCCUCACCCCUACCGCUCACCAUUGAUGAAGACAGGGAGUUCACGUACCCCUCAGAUGUGCUCAUCCCACCCCCAGGCCUCAUGCCAGGGACCUACUUUGACUUGCCUCGCAUCCGCUUGCCUCCCGGCGUCAUGAGCAGGCUACGAGAGGUAUCUGGAAGGGCUCGGCCACAGUUCCGUCCCAGCAUCAAGGAGGUGAUCAGGCCAGAUGUCAUGGAGGAGGUUAUAGUAUCUUGUGUGAUAAAACAUUUGACACUGGUUGAUGCCCUUCAGUCACUUGUCAACUACCAGUACCGUGAGGAACAUGCUGAGGAAUAUGACCUCGUCUGUAAGAUUAUGGCAGAGACCUUCAAGAAGAUCAAUGCUAUGGAGAGACAACUGCAGAGUGUAGCAGAGUUGGAACAGAAGUGGCAGAACGAGGUAGAGGAGGCCCAGCAGGGAAAGCUGGAGAACAACACUCCUUUCUUCCAUGACUACCACUUCUUUGAGAACAAAAUUAAGGAGUUGGAAUUGCUUUGUUCCCUGAAGGAGGUCCCACUUGAUUUCAGUGAUUUGGAAAAUGUUGUCCUGGCACUGAGGGAAAAGUUCUUCCAGGAAGUGAAUUCCAUGCACCUUAGCACAACAUGCCCACUGGCCAAAACCAAAACCCUUGUGAAGAGCCUGAUGAACCGCACAGAGCUGCUGCUCCAUGUAACUAUAGCUCCACACUGCAGAAGCCUGACCACCACUCCUGCCGGCACACCAGGACCAGCCUGCAAGUCUGUGUCUGACACCAAGGGGGUAAUCCCUAUUGUGAAGCAACCAGUCUUCCUGCGCAGCAUGUCUGCUCCCUCUGACUUGGAGAUGAUUGCCAACCAGGAUUUGGAGUUCACACAUGCCUCCCAAAGGAGGCGACACCAUCCUGCUAGUCACCGCAGUAGCUCCUUCACCCUGCUGCAGUCGCUGGCCAUUGAGGACAGCCGCGACAAGCCAACGUACAGUGUGCUGCUGGGACAACUCUUUGCCUUUAUUGGGACGACGCCUGAUCAGGCUGUGUCCAGUAGCAGUUUCCUGUCGGCUGCACAGACACGCUGGAGACGUGGCAGCACACGAAAGCAGGCACUAGUUCAUAUGAGGGAGCUGCUUACUGCUGCUGUCAGAGUGGGUGGAGUCACCCACCUUGUGGGACCUGUCACCAUGGUGCUGCAAGGUGGCCCAAGGAUUGAGGAGCUGACCUGUGGCGGAAUGGUGGAGCAGGUGCAGGAGGCCUUUGGGGAGACCAUGACAUCCGUAGUGUCACUAUGUGCUCGUUAUCCUAUUGCUUGUGCCAACAGUAUUGGCAUGCUUUGCACAAUUCCAUACACAAGGAGUGAGGAGCAGUGCCUGGUAAGAAGUGGUCUGGUCCAGCUCAUGGAUCGCCUAUGUAGCCUUAGCGGCCAGAGGGAAUGCAGCUCCAGUGAAAAGCAGACCAAGAAGCAAAAGGUGGCCACUAUGGCCUGGGCUGCCUUCCAGGUGCUGGCUAACCGCUGUAUUGAGUGGGAAAAAGUGGAAGGUGGUUCUACCGAUGCAGUGCACUCUGGUCUGGCGCGGCAGGUGUCUAGCCUGCUGACCAAUCACCUGGCCCGUGCCACAGAGUGCUGUGGAAAUCAAGCAGCAGGCAACGAUGCCCUACAGGAUGUGCUCAGUCUGCUUAAUGACUUGUCGAGGAGCCACAUAGGAAAGGCAAUUCUUAGCCAGCCAGCAUGUGUGUCUAAGCUCUUGUCUCUGCUGCUGGAUCAGCGACCCUCUCCAAAGCUGGUGCUAAUCAUCCUACAGCUGUGUCGGGCUGCUUUACCCCUCAUGAGCGUUGAGGACUGUGGCAAUGUGGCCCUGCCAUCCUGGAGCUACUCUAUCAACACGCUGGAUGCUGAACAACAGGAUGCUAGUGAUCCUGCAUCACGUAUUGCUGCCUUGCUGCUGGCCAAGCUGGCAGACUAUGUUGUGCCAGGCUGCCAGACACUGCUGUCCCCCAGCUCCUCUGAGACAGACACCAGCUUGUCCCGUGCUAGUUCCAAAGGAGCUCUCAAAUCUGAUAAGGAUGUUGGGGAAGAGGGAGAAGCUGUGGACGGCAAGCUAUCAAUCUUUAUCCACAAGAGAGAAGACCAGUCAUCUCAUGAGGUCCUACAACCACUUCUCAGCAGCUCAGAAGGACGUCCGUUUCGUCUUGGUACUGGAGCCAACAUGGAGAAAGUGGUGAAGAUGGACAGAGACAUGACCAAGAGUGGGAGCUGUGAGGUGAUCACAGAGGAGGCUUCAGCUGCAUUUCGGAAGGCCAACAAGUGGGCCCAGUCUGGGCUAAUAGUUAGUGUGGGUCCCCCUGUGGAGGUGCUGGCCCAUGAAACUACUGGGGGCAUCACCACUGGCGAUAAGAAGAAGACUGCCCAGACUGUAGUUUGUAGGGACAGGAACUCAGAGCUUGCCAGGUCAGACCCCAUCAGACCGUUUAUCAGUGGCCAUGUUGCAAAUAGCAUGGCUGCUGAGGUUAUUGCCCUGCUGCACAGCUUGCUCACUGCUCCAGAGUCCAACACUGCCCAGAUCUGGACCAGCACUGCUGAGAAGGUACUCUCCCGUGCGCUGAUGUUUAUCCCUCAGUUGGGGAAGUAUUCCGAGAGUAUCCUGGAGAACGGCAGCAGUAGUGGUCGGAAGCUGGCUAAACUGCAAGCGAUCGGCAGGCAGGCUGUGGCUGCGCUCUGUGCCCUUGGGGGGUUUAAAGAAACGAUCAAGAUUGGGUCUGAGGUCCAGGUGGUUGGUAAAGGAGUGCUGGGUUCUGUGGGUGUAGUGAUGUCUAUCAACGAGCAGGAGGGCAUCGCAACAGUAAAGUUCCCUUCUUGCGAAUACAGGAGAACUUGCAAAGCCUCAGACAUCCUGACAGUGCCCAUAUCUCGCCUCUGCACACCGAGAUCUGAGGCUCUGCCCCUCUACAAACUAUCUAUCACAGAGAAGGUAGUGCAGGCAGUGCAGUCUAUGCUGCUGCCACAGGAAGGCAGUCUCUCCAUACACACCUCUCUCCCGGCCACAGGAGACGGCUCCAGCCCUGUUAUGGCUGCAGUACGCUUGUUGGCUGAAAUCAGAACAAGGUCAUGCCUGGUGAUGGCCCAGCUCCUGGAGGAUAGCUCCUUCUGUGAGGAGUUCAUCCAGCAGUGCCCUGCUGCUGUGGAGGUGCUCAAUCUGGUUGCCCAGGAGUGCAGCCCUGGGGAGCGUCUUGGCAUGGUGGAAGCCCAGUGUGAGAGAGUUAGGAUGCUAUACCGAGACUGUGCUCGCCCACCACCUCCACCACUACAGACAGACCGGCGCCAGCCUAAAGAGAUCACCUGGUGUCCAUCCAGAGUGUUCCCUCCGGUCCGAGCAUGCAUGUUCUCCUCCCGGCUCACCUCCGUCACUUUCUUGGCUGAUCCUAGUGCUGGGGGGGGACUGCCCAGAGGUACCUUCAUCUAUGCCACCUCACCAGUGCCAGUUCAGGCCCCUUCCUUUUACUGGGAGAUUGAGAUUGUCUCCUAUGGAGACUCUGAGGAGGACAGCGGUCCUAUUGUGUCUUUCGGCUUUGCCACUGAAGCAGAGAAGAGAGAUGGAGCAUGGACCAACCCUGUUGGCACCUGUCUCUUUCAUAAUAAUGGUAGGGCAGUGCACUAUAAUGGAUCCAGUCUGCUGCAGUGGAAGAGUGUCAGGCUGGACGUGGCUCUACUUCCUGGCGAUGUGGCUGGCAUAGGCUGGGAGCGAUCUGAAGGCACUCCACCACCCCCUGGUCAGGCCCCCAAAGGCAGGGUCUACUUCACCUAUUGUGGCCAACGGCUCAGCCCCAUCCUUGAGGAUGUAGCUGGAGGAAUGUGGCCCCUGGUCCACAUUCAGAAAAAGAAUACAAAGAUUCGUGCCAACUUUGGUUGCCGGCCAUUUGCUUAUGCAGAAGGCCAAGCCCACCGGAAUGCUGCCGACCUGUGCGUCGACCUUGCAGAGGAAAUAAGUGCAAAUUUUGAAGCCCUUCCAUUUGCUAUGGCUUCGGACAGUGACAACGACGCUGGUGCGAGUGUUGCGUCUGACUCCGGCUCCUAUGGACCUCCGUGUCGCAUUGCUGCUGUAGCUGUUGCUCAGCAACAGUACAACAGUGACCUGUCAUGCCACUACAAAGUGGAGCUGAGCUACGAAAACCUCGUCACGUCUGGUCCUGACCCUCACCCUCCACCUAUUGCGGAUGAUGAAAGUGAUGACGAGGAUGACGAUGACAUCCCCAGAGAGGACCACUAUGCCUUGCUGGUUAAGGCCUGGGAGACCAAGGUGUUUCCUACCAUUCGCAGACGCUUCCGCAAUGAGGCUGAAAGAAAGUCUGGCUUAGACCAGAUCAAAGGGGCUCUGCAGUUGGGUAUGGUUGACAUUGCAAGACAGACUGUAGAAUUCCUGUAUGAAGAGAAUGGUGGCAUUCCUCGUGAUCUUUACCUUCCCACUAUUGAGGAUAUCAAGGAUGAGGCCAACAAGUUCACGAUUGACAAAGUUCGCAAAGGUUUGACUGUGGUCAUCCGCUGUCCAGACAGCAAUAACACGAAUAGCACUACCGGGGGAACAGCCCUGCCCAAGUUCGCUAUCCGGGGCAUGCUGAAGACCUUUGGUCUGCAUGGGGUCGUGCUGGAUGUGGACUCUGUGAAUGAGCUGGUACAGGUGGAGACCUACCUACGCAGUGAAGGGGUGCUGGUGAGGUAUUGGUACCCUAUUGAGAUGCUGGAGCGGCCCCCUGCUGGAUCCCGCCGCACUGCAGCCAACGGUUUGGUCUCCCUAGACAGCAGCAACAUCCAGAUUCACAGGGAAUUGCUUCGCUGCGAGAGUGCACUUGCGCGGUUGUAUUGCCGCAUGGCCUUGCUUAAAAUCUUUGCCCCGAAGAACCCCCACACCUUCACUCGUCUCUUCCACAUUCCAGCUAUCCGUGACAUCACCUUGGAACACUUGCAACUUUUAUCCAAUCAGCUUCUGGCUCCACCUCUGCCUGAUGGCACCAUUAGCUCUAGUUCCAUCCUACUGGCCCAGUCUGUGCUUCACAAUCUCCAGGGACAGAGCUGUUCUCCUACAGACUUGUUCUACCAGGGCAACGCUCAGCCCAUUCGGGAGUGGCUGACUGUGGCCAUAAACCGUGCCUUACACCAGGGAGAGGAGAGCCUACUAGAGCUCACCAAGCAGAUCUGCUGCUUCCUACAGAAUGCACCAGAGCAGUUUACUUCAGAGGAGUUUCCUGUGACCGAGUCAAAGGUCAGUAUGGACGUCAACUUCCCGGGUGCAGCAUUUGUGAUCGUAUCCUGCAAAGAGAGCCAACUAGGCUGUCGCAAAGACUCGAGCCUGUACAAGGCUCCCUGGGCACGAGUCAUGGUGUAUGGCCUGGGUCAUAAAGUGCGAAGAAACGGCCAACUAAAUCUAAUGGAGGCGGUGUGCUAUCCUCUGGAUGCCUCGCCUACCAACACAGGCCUCACUCCCCCUCCAACCACCAACCAGUACCCAUCUGUCAUCAUUCCCACCGAUAAGGUGCACAUCAAGCUAGGAGUAUCACCUCCUCCUGGUGCUGUGUUGGUACUGCACUCGCUGCCAUUGGAAUUCCCUCUAGCCAUGGCGUUUGCUGAGCAGCUAUUGACCUGGAAGCCGGGGGAGAGCAGUGAGCGUUCAGAAGAUGAGCUGGACACAGUACCUUCAUCUGUGCUGCUCCAGGUGGUAGAGCUGCUAGGAGGUUUACUUUGGACCACAGAUCUGGCCCCCUCAAUCAAGGAACUCACAUUUCAUUUGCUAGCUGAGCUCUUCCGCAAAAUCCACCAUUUGGAGCAGCGCAAGAACCCUGCUGGCCUUUCCAGCUCUAUUGCGCUGCUACUCAACCCCUGCCUGGCGGUACUCAUGGCACUUCAGACAGAGCUCCGUAAGCUCUAUGACAAAGAGACUCAGGGCUGGACAGCUGGAGGAGCUGGGGCAGGGGGCUCCUCAUCAGGAGGUGUUUCCUUGGCUCUGGGGGCUGAGCAGAGCCGCUUCUCCACAUACUUCCACGCUUUGAUGGAGGUUUGUCUGGCCGUGGCAGAGGUUACCCUGCCUCUUAAUGUAAGCGGCUGUGCAGUGGGAGCUCUCUCUUCCACCAGUGCCCCCAACCUCAGUGACUCCUCUUCAUCCUCAUCUUCAUCCCCAGGCCAGACACCACAGAGCCCCAGCCUACUGUCCAAGCGUAAGAAAGUGAAGAUGAAGCGUGAGAGAGCAGCAGCAGCAGUAGCAGUGGCCGUCUCAGGGAAACGAGGAAGUGGAGGCACUCGGCUGUCGGAGAGUGAUGGUGCCCUGCUCAACAUAGCAGGGAGUAAGCCUGAGGACAUGCUAUGGUUCCACCGUGGCCUCACUUUGCUUAUGAUCCUACGACACCUUGCCAGUAAGGAUCCUCAGGGGCUGAGCGUCACUAGCGAUGCAGUGACAGAUGCCUGCCAGGCCUUGGUGGGUCCCACCGCCCACAGUCGCCUCCUGGUGCUCUCAGGCAUCCCUACCCACCUGGAGGAAGCUGUGGUUCGCAGUGCAAUCCGUAGGGCCUGCAACGCCCAUGGGGGCCUUUUCAAGGAUGAGAUUUUUAUCCCCCUACAGGAGGAAGACCCUAAGAAGACAAAGGCUGGAGCUGGAGUAUCCAGCCCUCAGGAUGGCAAGGUGGGCCCUGAGCCCGAGCGUCCCUGCCCCAACAAUGGAGGUCCUGAGAGCCCUGACAGCUCUAGCAGUGUGACUCCAGCCAUGAGUGUGAGUGCUUCAGCCUCAACAAGCCAGACCUCUAUUUGCAGUUCCUCCCAGGGAGUAUCCCGUACUGCCAGUGAACUUUCUGUGGAUCAGGAGUUGCUAGCCGCCCCACCUCUUACCCCAGCUGCUGCAGCCUCUGCUGUUACCUACCCCCAGCAGGGCACCUUAGAUCCCCACACUGUUUCAAGCCAAGAGAGCCUAGAUAUCUCCCUGUGUAGCACAGGGAGCUUGGGGAGUCUGGGUAGCUUGGGAGAGCCACUGGACAGCGCAGAAACGGCUUCAGUGUCAGAUGGCGGCUCCAUGUACACAGUCACCUCACUGGACAGCAAUGCCAUCAUGGCCAGGCCCAUCAAGGGCUAUGCUGUUAUUGAGGUUCGGUCUCGGGCAAAAGUGGAGAAGAUCCGAGCCAGUCUUUUUAACAGCAGUGACCUGAUUGGCUUGUCCAGCCUAGAAGGUGAAGAAGAGCUGAUGGAGCUAACUAAUGAGGAGAUCCUUACAGCCUCCAGUGUUAACCAAAGCCUGUUCGACACACAGGGAAGCUCGGCACUUGAAGACUACUUCCUGGAUAAGUCAAUCAGAGGGGACAAGCUUAUACCAGGAGCACGAGAUGUUCUGACAGAAAUAUUUAAAAGCUGUGUACACUCAGAACAGAUGCUGAGUCUUUCCCCAGCCAAGCCAGUUAAAGUCUCUGACAUUUACCUCAGCAAGGAGCAGAUCAACUCACAGACACCUGGCAACUUACUGCAUGUUUUCCUCACCAAUGCUCGACCUCCCAAGAAAUUUCUUGAUGACCAGCUAACUCAGAUUCUACGAAAGUACGGCACUUCCAAGCCUAACAAGAACAAGUACAGCAAGGCAAGCAAAGAGCAGCACCAAGGCAAGGUGGUGAGUACCAAGAGGCCUAUCACCAAACCCCCAGCUAAGGAGAAGUCUGUUCUCAACAGUGUCAGGACUGCAUUGAGUGAGAAGAAGACCGUUCUGAAACCCAAAUCUCCUGAGAAAUCAAGACCUGAUGAGAAAGAUGUGGACAAAUCUCCUGCCAAGAAGCCGGAUGUCCCAGAGGAAAAGUACCUGACGUUGGAAGGCUUCCACAAGUUUGCAGUAGACCGUGCUAAGCAGGACAUCCGUAGUGUAUGGAGGGCCAUUUUGGCCUGCGGUUUUGACCUCCACUUUGAAAGGUGCACCUGUAUAGACACUCGUCAUGCCCAAAAGGCCUGUAGAAAGUGGAGUCUGGAGAUGGAUGUGGCUCUUGUUCAGUACAUAAACAGGCUAUGCCGUCACCUGGCUAUCACACCUGCCAGACUACACCCCCAUGAAGUCUAUCUGGACCCUAGUGAUACCGCAGAUCCACGCGUGGCUUGCCUGCUCAAUGUACCUGUGGAGAGCCUACGCCUGCGCUUUGCACUGCUGCAGUCCCUCAAUAACACCCUGGAGAGUUUUUUCCUGCCACUGGUUGAGCUGAGGCAAACACACACCUAUCAGAACAGCAUUGCAGCACUGUUAUGUGAGGCAAAAGGUCUGGUCUUCUAUGACACUAAGGUCACGGUAAUGAACAGGGUACUGAAUGCCACAGUACAGCGGACUGCUGACCAUGCUGCCCCAGAGAUUACAUUGGACCCUCUGGAGAUUGUUGGGGGAGAGAUCCGAUCAUCAGAGAACACGUAUUUCUGUCAGGCAGCACGUCAGCUGUCUUGUGUGCCCUCAUCCCAGCUUUGUGUGAAACUGGCUAGUGGAGGGGACCCCACCUAUGCCUUUAACAUUCGCUUCACUGGAGAAGAGGUCCAUGGCACCAGUGGCUCCUUCAGACAUUUCCUGUGGCAGGUGUGUAAGGAGUUGCAAAGCUCAGCACUGUCCCUGCUGCUUCCCUGCCCCAGCUCUGCAGCCAACCGUAACAAGGGGAAGUACAUCCUCACACCCUGUCCUAUCAGCUAUGCAGAGGAACAGCUACUGCAUUUCUUUGGCCAGCUUCUUGGUAUUGCCAUCCGAGCUGAUGUGCCGCUUCCAUUGGAUCUGCUGGGCUCCUUCUGGAAGGGUCUAGUGGGCGAACCUCUUGACCCAGAGCAGGACCUGCACGAGGCGGACUUACUCACCUACAAUUAUGUCAAGAAGUUUGAAAAUGUGAGUGAUGAGGCGGAACUGGAGGCCCUGUGUGCUGAGAUAUCAUCCCAACACCACUCAGGAGAGAGCCCGGACUCCCCCAGCCGGCCCUGCUGCACCUUCACUUAUAUCACCAUGACCGGAGAGGAUGUGGAGUUGUGCCGGGGAGGACGCAACCUCACUGUAAGCUGGGAGAAUAAGGAUGAGUAUGCUCAGGCGGUGCAGAGCCUCCGUCUUCGGGAGCUGCAGAAUGUGGAGUGUAUGGCAGCAGUGCGUGCAGGGCUGGGCUCCAUCAUCCCCCUGCAGCUGCUCACCGUGUUAAGCCCCCUAGAGGUAGAGCUGCGCACCUGCGGCUUGCCUUACAUAAACUUGGAGUUCCUCAAGGCUCACACCAUGUAUCAGGUCGGUUUGAUGGAGACAGACCAGCACAUUGAGUUCUUCUGGACAGCCCUGGAGAUGUUCACUCAGGAGGAGCUCUGCAAGUUCAUUAAGUUUGCCUGUAACCAGGAGCGUAUCCCCUUCACCUGCCCUUGCAAGGACGGGGGGCCUGACACUGCCCACGUUCCUCCCUACCCCAUGAAGAUCGCUCCUCCUGAUGGAGCAGCAGGCUCGCCAGACUCUCGCUACAUUCGUGUGGAGACCUGUAUGUUCAUGGUGAAGCUGCCGCAGUACACCUCUCUUGACGUGAUGCUGGAGAAACUGCGUUACGCCAUCCACUACCGUGAGGACCCCCUCAGUGGCUAGCAGGACUAAAUAUCACCUCACUCCCCCACCCCCCAUUCACUUGACCCAUAGGGUCCACCCCUGUGCCCCUCCCCCUUCCCUUUCCCCUCCAUCCACACUCUCCUUGACCGUCCUCAUAGGCAGCCCCAUUAAAGUCCCAUAUGCUCUGUAAGAACCACACUGAAGUUUGAUUUGUGGUUUUUGUUUUUUUCCCAAGUUGUAAAUUUUACUUUGUCGUUAAUGUUUUACUUAGGUGUAAUGUGGUUCAUUUGACUCAGAGUACACACAAAUGAACAGUAAGGCAUUUCACCGUUUACAGUGUCUGUCCUGAUUUGCAGUUUUGGACAGGCAUUUUGUCAGUUUUUUUAGUCUUUCUCCCCACCCCCCCACCCCCCCCGCUCCUUUUACAGAGGUUGAGUAUUAACAAGGCUAUGUUGAGCUUUGCUGAACCGCACAACAUAUUGGGGUGACCAUGGGACCGGCACUUAAGAACGCAAGUUCAAUCCCCACGCGCUGUGCUGUCUUUGUGGUACUGCUUUACUUUGCAUUGUGUUCAAGGAAAAGCGUACAACUCAUUUGAACCUCCCAGUGCUUAACCCGGCUGCCUCCCUCUGACUCCCUUCUGUGGGGGAUGCUCUGAAACAUGCCUUUAAUACAGGUACCUCUCUCUCAAGAGGGGGGAGACACUGACUACACGAAAAAGGCGAUGCAAAGGAUAAAUCUGUUGUUUAGGACGAGGCGGUCUUUCCCUGGAAGCGCACCUACUAUCAGAGAAAGGAACUCUACGAUGCUGCCUAUUUCUAACCACAUCCAGGUUCAGCAGGCAGAACACGUGAACAAGUGCUGUAUAGACAAUGUAGUUACUGCCUGUAAAAACGAACUGCUAAUGAACGAAGUUAUCUGCCUAUAUAAACAAUGAAUAUAUUUUAUUCAAGUCUCUUAAGAGAGGGUAUUUAAGUCAUGUAAAAAAAAAGUCAUAUUAAUGUAUUAGUUUAUGAAAAGGCUUCUUUGAUUUUGAAUAUCCUAGUAGCCAUGGCGGCACAGUAGGUCAAAUUUGGCUCGGGCCUCCACCUGGACGCCAGGGGAGCCGCGCUGGUUGCCAGGUCCACUAGACUUGCGUUCUGGGUUUGUGAAACCCGUGUCGCUUCUUGAAAAUGGGAGGGAGGCGUUCUCCCGAGCUGCUCUCCCACACUGCUCGUGUGCUACUACUACUGAAUGUGCUAUCCCCAUUCACUAUCCACACACACGCUGUGGGGGGUAGGGGUGUGGGGCAGAUUGUCUCGAGUUCUGCCUUUUAAAGGCUCUCCUUUCCUAAGAGAACAGAAUUCUGCUGGGUUUUUGUUUUUUUUAAUAUUUAAUCAUUACCAAAUGUUUAGCUGUGUAUAAAUCUUCACAGAGAAAAAUGUAAAUAUAAUUCUAAGUUAUGUUGGACAGCGGUUUUUAUGACUGCUGAUUCAUUUCACCUUAAAAAAAACAUUUUUUUUCCUUUUCUUUUGGGAUUGCACUAUACCGUAAAACUAUUCUAAAAUGAGCAAACUAAGUGAUGUCUAUUAGAUAUCCUCUUUGUUGUUUUUUUUUAUUUUUAUUUUUUACAAAUUUUGAAAUGACAAGUAAUCUAUCACCUUCGUCUUGAACUCGGGACAGAUUCUAUCUCUUCUACUCAUGGUGAACCAUGUUUUCCUGCGUGAGUAAAACCGCCAUUUUACUCGCAUACAUCCGAAGACCACAGCGAAAUUCAGUGAUUGGUAUUUGACAUUUAUUGAAGGAUUUAAUUGCUUGCCUAUUUGGGUUAUGUUCUUCUUGAAGGUGCACACCGCUGCUAGCAGGGACAUGCUCUUUUACUUCCUACUUUUUUUUGGGGGGGGGUGCAGGGAAGAUCAUUAAAAAGGACAUAUCCAUACAAAGAGGUGUUGCGAUAAGAACAAUGCGUGCUGUACAUUUACUUGAUAUUUAUUACAAUUAUUUAUGGUUGCAUUAACUUAACUUACUGUCUCACCUCUGCACAUCAGAAACUUAACACAUAUCUAAAAAUGGAUUAUACAGAUGUAAAGAAUCAGAUGGCGUUUGAGAUUUCCGUGUCACAAUAAAGAAAUGUCUUGGUGUACGACCGCUUUGUUGGGU